CUGUCUCUCUCUCCCUGUAGAGUUUCCCCUCCCACAGUGAAGAGAGCAGUGAGCAAACACAAUAAACAAAAACUCCAAAACAAGUCCCUCAACGAUCACAAUCACAAUCACACAGACUCUCUCUCUCUCUCUCCUUUUCUCUCUUUUUCUUUCUCUCUCUAGGGUUUGGAGUUUGGGUUGGAUUGAAGUAUGGCUUCGUCGUCCUCGGAUCCUGGUCCGAAGACCGAAAGCGGAAGCGGCAGCGGCGGCGGAGCGGAGGCCUCGGAAGCAGCGGCGGCGGCUGCGGCGGCGGUGGCGACCGAUCAGCAAUUGCUUUACAGAGGGCUGAAGAAAGCGAAGAAAGAGAGAGGUUGCACGGCCAAAGAGCGCAUCAGCAAAAUGCCUCCCUGUGCCGCUGGAAAACGCAGCUCCAUUUACCGCGGAGUCACUCGGCAUAGGUGGACGGGUCGUUACGAAGCUCAUCUAUGGGAUAAAAGUACCUGGAACCAGAACCAGAAUAAGAAGGGAAAGCAAGUUUACUUGGGCGCGUAUGAUGAUGAAGAGGCUGCAGCCAGAGCUUAUGAUCUUGCUGCCUUGAAAUAUUGGGGCCCUGGCACUCUGAUUAAUUUCCCUGUUACUGACUACACAAGAGAUCUCGAAGAGAUGCAGAAUGUGUCAAGGGAGGAAUAUCUUGCAUCUCUUCGCAGGAAGAGCAGCGGCUUCUCUAGAGGAAUGUCUAAAUAUCGCGCGCUCUCAAGCCGUUGGGAGCCAUCAUUUGGUCGUAUGGGUGGAUCUGAAUACUUCAAUAGCAUCCAUUAUGGCACAGGAGAUGAUCCAGCAACAGACAAUGAAUUUUUAGGAACGUUUUGCAUUGAAAGAAAGAUUGAUGUAACAAGUUACAUCAAGUGGUGGGGGCCUAACAAAACUCGUCAAGCGGACAGCAUGAUAAAAUCAUCUGAGGAAGCAAAACAUGGUUUUGCUGGAGAUAGUGGAGGUGAACUUAAAACAUUGGAAUGGGAAUCCCAGCCUACUGAACCAUACCAGAUGCCACGUUUGGGCGUCUGCCAUGAAGGUAAAAAGCAAAAUGGUGCCAGAGUCUCUGCCAUGAGCAUCUUGUCACGGUCACCUGCUUAUAAGAGCUUACAAGAGAAAGCAUCAAUUAAGCAAGAAAAGAAUGCAGAUAAUGACGAGAAUGAAAACAAAAAUACGAUCCACAAAAAGGACUAUGGCAAGGCAAUUGAGAAAUCCACAAGUCAUGAUGCUGGGGAUGAGAGACUGAAUGCUUCAUUAGGAAUGAGUGGUGGAUUGUCCCUCCAGAGGAAUGCAUUCCCAUUGGCUCCGUUCUUGUCUGCGCCACUGCUGACCAACUACAACAUGAUUGAUCCAUUAGUAGACCCCAUUCUUUGGACAUCUCUUGCUCCUGUUCUUCCCGAGGUUACAAAGACUGAGACCAGUGCAAGUUACAGUUUAUUUCGGCCUGAGGAAUGACAUCAGUUGAUGUCACAUUUCCUGCAAGUUGGUGUGCACACAGUUGAUGUCACAUUUCCUGUUCCCGAGGGGUUUACCUUUGCAAUAGUACACAAGAAGCUCAGGAAAUGCAGUCUUGACGACAAGGCUUUUACUUAUUUAUUGCAGGUUCAUAUUACACGGAGUCUAGAGAAUAUAGAAAGGGAGAUGAAGUUGUAUCUUAUGUAGUAGAUUAGGUAUAGACGAUGUAUUUUACUAUGGUUCGGAAGUGUUGGAGUGGUAAUCCUUAAGUUUUGCUAAACAGGUUCAACACAUCAGUUCCUGAGUUUAAUAUUUUGUACAGAAAACAAGCACAAAUUGUAAUCAUAGUCGUUGCUAAUGGCUUCACCCAUCCUUCUGUCUA